CAGAUUAGGAAGCGAUCCAUUGACAGGCAGCACCUGAAGAACAAAAACUCAGGUGAGCAAGGGAUGUCCUCUAGAAAAAUCUUGCAGGAGAUUUCAAUCUCCUCUCUUGAGAGCCAGCAUGAAUUAGGUCCUAAUUUGACAGACGAGAAAGCGAACAUGUCCCUUUCACAUAGUAGCCGGAGGAAUGUAUGUAUGGCCAGGGAGGAUUUCAAGGAAAAUCUAAUUCCAGCUGAUUAUGGAAACAUAUCUGACGAGAAGAGUAUGUGCAAGCUGAUUGGGAGGGAACCAGAGGAAAAUGCCAGAGAUGUUUCUGAUCAGGUUGCUGGACUAAAUGAUCCAGCAAUAUCAAAUCUUCAAGAGAAGUGGAACUCUUCUGCUACCUCUAUGCAGCACACCGAUGACAAGGCUUUACAUACAAGUGCCAGAGAGGUUAACUUUACUACACCUAAAAGAGGAGCAGAGGAAUGUGAUAUCCCAGAGGAAGCAAGCCAUACUCCUGUCGACUUUACCAACGUCACUGUAGAUGAUUUUGGCAUAUCUCCUGAGUGUUUUACCAAUAAGUGUGCUGGGAAAUCCCCUAAAUCAUUGCUAAAAUAUAGACGCAGAUCUACCAUUGGUGUCCGUGGCUCACCAGAGAUGAACUUCCUGAUACGUCAAAUUGCUAAGCAGAGAAGCAAGAUGAGCAGAGAGCCUGUUUCUUUGCCUAAUCUGUUUACAUCUCCACGGAAUUCUGUCCUGAAAAGCAAGAUGUCUGCAUUUCGAAAUGCGUUCCAGGCAGUUGAAGAGAAUGAAGGAAAUGUUCCUUUUCCAGGAUUUUCAGAUGAGAUAGAUACUUGUCAUAAAAACGAGUCUGAGCAACCGGAGAGCUUUGAGCCACCUGAGAAAAGAAAGAAGAGCUUUCAUAAUGCAGGUUUAUUGAUAAGCAGAGAUCCACCUGCUCAGACAGAGAAAUAUGCAGAGGAGCGCGUCACCAUAACAUCAUAUGAAGAGAUCCCAGAGUCUGACUAUUCUGUGGUUUCUAAACUAUCCCCUAACUACUCUGAGGCAUCAGAACUGCAGUGUGACUCUUUGCCCGUCCUUGACAAAGGUCCUUCCAAACGAGCUUCUCCAAAACUCUCCAAGAAGAAAGUUAUGUUUACAGAUCUGCUUAGUCCCGAAUCACAGCCACUACCAAAGUCACUUCUAGAAAAAGAUCCUGUUGUCACCAAUGCCUGCUCCAACCCAAUUCUCCGACCAGUACUGAAAAGGACCCCAAUGAAACCUUUUAUUUCCACAGAGGAAUAUCCAUUGCACGAGUUUGAAGAAGAGGAAAACUCUCCAGAGAAUGGUGAAAAUGUAAGGCUAGGAUUACGAGGAUUGGAACAUGCCAAAGAUUCAGUGAGGAAGAAAAGGGUCACUUUUGGAAGAGAGCUAAGCCCUGAAUUAUUUGAUCAAUCCCUUCCAGCAAAUACCCCCCUUCGGCGAGGAAGCACACCAUAUAGCCGACACAUAGAUGGUGUGACACCUGAUAAAGACAGCACAGUUUUUCAAAGUCCUUUGGAGCCACUGUCACAGCCAGAUUUUGACCACACUGAGGUGACACUUGAGCCACUAUCACUUUGUUUUGAAGACCAGAUAUCUAGUUGCAACACCACCUUUUCAGCUUCCCUACCAGGACAUAUAGAUGAAGUUCUACUAAUUGAGCAAGCAGAAAAUGUUCCCAAAGAAAGCAAGCCAAUUAUUCCUUGUUUACAGGAUGAGCCCUUUUAUUCACCCAGUUCCAAUGAAUCCUAUGCAGAUAUCAGUAUGUCUCUUGACCUGGAAAAUGCAGAGACUCUAGCUGCAUGUUUUACAGUUUCCACCAAUGAACCAAUUUCCUCAGAAAAAGGCAGGGUUACUCGUUCUGCCUUAAAGAGAAAGUCCUCCAGUUCUGAAGACAGUUCGAGUAAUGUCUCACCUGUUGCAGACCAUGGCAAGGUUCCUGAGAAAUUAGAACCAAAGAGAGUUGCUAGAACAGCCAGUUGCAGAAAACCUGUUGUAGCCAAGAAAGCACAGAUAAGAGCCACUAAAGGUAAAGGGAAGAAGAGCCGUGGAAGACCUAAAAAAACUGUUAGAACACCUCUGAUUGAGGAUCGUGAGACUGUUUCCAAGAAACCUCUCUUGAGCCCCAUUCCAGAACUCCCUGAAUGUUGGCCUACACCUUCUGCCUCAACAAAAUUGGAUUUCUCCUCAGCUACAGAAGUAAAACAUCAAAUUUUUAAGAAGGUUCGAAAGAUAAACGGCACACAAAGAAGUCUUGGAAAAGUACAGAACACGAGAGACUGUUCAGAUGUUAAAGAGACUGACAAUAAGUCCGUGGUCUGGAAGAUGCAAGAAGAGGAAAUCACUCUUCCAAGUGUUUCUUUGGUGGAAACAGGUGAGUCCAUUGAGGUUAAUCUGUGCCAUCCUGGGCUGAAAAGUUUGACGUUUAGUCAAAUUGAUUCACCCACAAAACCACCGACUCCUACACAGGCAACAACAGAUGUUCACCCAACUUAUCAAGUUUUCUGCCAGAUCAGUGAAAGCUCUCACUCUCCAGUAGAACCAGUAAUUGAGCAGUCAGUUGGAUUCACAUUAUCAGUAGAUAAUACCUCAACAAUAUCAACAGAAGUCCUAUCGAGCAAGACUGGAAAUGUGAAGUCUCGCCGGCGCUCAAAUAGACAUUCUAUCACUUACCACAAUGGGCCAAAACUUGCUUCUCAGGAAGAAGUUACAACCGUCAUGGGCACGUUAAGCUCACAAGUUCCUGUUGUGCAUAUAUCACAAUGCCUAAAAGAAAUCACUGAUGAUUCACAUUCAAUGGUCAACAGACACCCUCUGUUUUCUGAAAAACAGACGGCAACAGUGCUGUCCUGCAACUUAGUGGAGGAUCCGUUGUCUAGUAAGUACUCAAAAGACAUUUGUAGAACUCCAAUUUGUAUAGCUUCCGAUGAAAACACUACAAAUAAGAUUUCAAUGGAAAACCAUUCUGUUGUGUCACCUAGUGGUGCAUUGAUUGCAGCCUCUAUGGAAGAUCCAAUGCAAUCUAAUGCAAAACAUGAAAAGAAGGUAAGGCGUAGCAUGAGGCUGCGGAGAGAUUCGGAUUCCAGUGGUUUGACUUGGGUGCAGGAGGAAAAGAGAACAAAGGAGAAAAGAAGGUCCAUGAAUUACUCAGUGAAGAGGCAAAUUGACAGUCCUAAAUGGAUGAGUGAAAAUGAAAUAAAUGGCCCUGUAAAAGACCAACAGAAGAAUGAACCUGCCCUCGAUGCAAGCAAAAAAUCAAAGAGAAGAACUGUUUGCAUCUCUACCCUAUGGGAUCCACCUUCUUUUAAUUAAGCCCUCGAACUGUGUUUUUUCCAGCAAAACAUUUGAUAACUUUCAUGGGAAAACAGAAUAUGCAAGAUCCCAGUUGGAUUUCAGGACACUUUGUGCAGGAACUUCUGAGACCGAAUACUGCUAGGUUGUCAAAAUACUUUAUUGGUGUUAUCUGGACUGGCUUAUCUGUGUUAUUGAUAUAAAUUCUUGCCUGUCACCUAAUUUUUGUAAAAACAAUGGUGUCCUAAGCCAUUUGAAUUUCCUGUUUAAGUGACUUUAUUUGUCUUUCAAGCAGCCCUUGUCUUCUCUGCCUCCUCUUUACUUGUACAUCACCACUACCAUAUAACAGUUUGCAGGUCGGACUUGGCUACU